AUGGAAUCGGCGCCGUCAUCAGCUCUUGUGCGCCGCUCUACGGACAGCGACCUGAUGCCACCCCCGCCGAAGCGCAUAAAAAGACCCAGGAAUGUGAUCGACGAAGAAUCAUACACAGAUGCUAUCUCUGAGAUUAUCGCUCGCGACUUCUUCCCUGGUCUGCUCGAGACCGAAACCCAGCAAGAGUAUCUGGACGCUCUUGACUCGAAAGAUGCCGCCUGGAUUUCGACAGCGGGUCGCAAACUCAAACAGGCUCUGACCACGGGCAGACAGAAAGGAAGGCGGGGCACAUCAUUGCGAACUCCAAUACGUGCUUUGGAUACCCCCAAGACAUAUGUUGGCGAUACUCCGAUGUCUGUUGCCUCCGACAUGACGACUUCAACUCAGGCAACAGCAAUCCCCGAAGUCGACAUCAAUAUGAGUCUCGACAAGUUUCAAUCCCUAUACACGAGCGAAGACAAUGAAAGUUUCUACAAACUCUUGGACAAGCAAAACUCGAAACGUGCGGAGAAAUUCGCCUGGAUGUUGUCUGGUAAUAACAAAUUGCCCUCGAAGAUGAUGCUGAAGCAGAGGGAGAUCGAGACGAAGCUGUUAAUGUCGCGGGCCUCUUUAAAUGAUGACGGGGGAUCGAAAGAUCGUCUGGCCAUCCGAGACGUGGCAGAAAAACCCGCGAGGCCAGAUUCAUGGAAUUCAAAGCCUGAUAAUGGGUUGAUGUUUCGCUUAGAGGGUGUAGAGGACUCAAUCGAAACGGUAGCACAAAAAUCACAGAAAGAGUCCAGAGCUGCCCCAAAAGGUGUUGUGUAUAGCAAUACUCGUAUACCGACGACGAUACUCGCCCAAGAAGGAUUCAACCUGCCAAACUCGCCAUCUCUGUCUGCUGUCAGAGAUGCAAUUUCUGGACGAAGACGAGCAGCAGACAUGGAGUCAGUUUCUGGUGGAAACGCAACGCCUCGAGUCAACGGGUAUGCAUUUGUCGAUGAUGAGCCAGAUGACGAGCUGCAGGUCACUGUUCCAAUCAUCGAUCUCGGUAAAGGGGACACCGUGAAGAAUCCCUUCGUGAUUAAGGAUCAAAGCAGAAGGGAAGAUCUACUCCACCGAAUGGUAGACAAAAACUCACAAAAUAAACGGACGUCAACGAAAACCGGAUUUACGGGCAAGGUAGAAUCGACCCCUGUACCGAAGUUUCCUAGUAGCCCCCGAGUUGGCUCAGGGCAGUUGACACCUGCUGCUCAACGUCUCUGGAGCAAAGUUGGGGGUAACAACGCGGGCUCAUCAUCCGCUUUCGGAUUUCAAACGCCUCAUACUGUGCGGAAAAAAUCGGGAUUACGGGCAAAAUGGACUCCUUCGGGUAGGAUGGCAGAGUAG